CGCCCGCCCGGCUCGGAGGACGCGCGGAGAGGAGCGGCCCGGGCCCUUCCGCGGCCGCCGAGCCACCCACGGCCCGCCUCUCCGCGGAGGUGCCCGUCGGUUCGCCGCAAUGACCAGCCUGCUGAGCACCGCGCCUCCAGGAGAGGACCCGAUGACUACCCCAAUUCUGCAGGCCACUGAAGCCUUGUCCCCAGAAGCUGAGGCCAGCACAGCCCUCAUUGCAGUGGUUAUCACCGUGGUCUUCCUCACCCUGCUCUCAGUCGUGAUCUUGAUCUUCUUUUACCUGUACAAGAACAAAGGCAGCUACGUCACCUACGAACCUGCAGAAGGCGAGCCCAGCGCCAUCCUCCAAAUGGAGAGUGACUCAGCCAAGGGCAGGGACAAGGAGGAGUAUUUCAUCUGAUGAUUCUCGGGCCCCGAGGAGCUCAUUCAGGCUCCAGUGCUAACACACUAUUUAUUAGGUGAAAGUUUUAUCUCAAGCCAGUGAGAAGCAUCGACUGAUACGAGCAAACCUGAGCUCCUUCUAGGACACAGGCCCAAAUGCCAACAUGACUGAUGCCAGGGACCCAGGGAAAGCUAUUUAUGGGGUCUCUAACCAGGCCUUUGUAGUAUAGCUGGUUUCUGUGGCUGCCCAAUGAGGUGGAGCGACACCAGGCCACCAUGAGUUAUGUGCCGGUCAUCUUCAGUUUUCAAGGUCGAAGGGAAGGAGAGUUAGGCCCACUGGCUGCUUCUCUGUCCCCUGCCUGGUCAACUAGUGACAGCCUGAGCAGAAAUAGUGUGUGAAGUUCUUCCCAGGUGCUGGAUACCAUGGUAAAAGGCCAAGUGUGUGUGUGUG